AUGGCCGCCUCACAAGAAUUUUCUAAAGAACAGCUAAACUAUUACAGAAUUUGUUAUGUAACCACGGAUAUUUUAACGGAAAGUCUACGGUCUCUAUUCAAACAAGAAUGGGACAAUCGCUACAAAGCUACACUUGGGGAGUGGAAAGAUGACCCUAAAAGUGGGAUGGAUUUUUAUAACGGUGAGUCCCCGCGGAACCAAAGACGAAACGCACAUCUAUUGGUGACGAUACAAAAUGGGGAUAGAGCUAAAUGGGACUGCACCAUGCUGUUUUACGCUAUUCUUUAUUCUGAUUGUAUCGGGAGCAGUCUCAGCCCAACAGUGAAGACCAAUGUAGACAAUCUAAGAAAAUUCAGGAACGAAGAAUUCGCUCACAUGCCACGUGGCUCCUUGGAAGAUGCAGACUUUCAGAAUACCAUAAGUAAAGUUCAUGGAGUAUUUCAAGCUCUCGGCCUUUCUACUUCUCGUAUUGAUGACGUCAAGAACCAGACGUAUUUUCCCACGAAGGAGGUAAGUCUCGUUUUGAAAGAGGUUGAUGAUCUUCAACAGGAACUUCGACAAGAAAAACAACAACGAAAAGUCCUUGAAGAUCAGCUAGAAAAAGAUAUCUCCCCCUUUUGCAUUCUUCCUCCUAAGCCUUCACAUAACAUCACGGGACGAAAUCGUGAGGUUGCCGAAAUAACGAAACAGCUUAAAGAGUUAAAAGGGGCCAAUAAAAAUGAGCUCAGUUACUUGUACAUCUCUGGGAAUCCUGGGAGUGGCAAAUCACAGUUGGCUGGCCUCGUAGCUAAGCGGUUUUUCGAUGAGGCCAGAGAUAUUCCAUCUUCUACUCCAUGUGUGAUGACGUUAAAUGCUGCAAGUCCUGAUUCACUUCUGGAAUCAUAUGCUCUAAUGGCUCGACAGGUUAAGUGUCCUGAAUAUGCAGUUACAAACACAAUUAUCUCGAAGGAUGUCAAAACAGAGGAGAAGAUCUCAAAUUUGAAAACUUUAAUAUCGGCGAGAAUCGAGUUGUACACCUCUUGGCUUCUCAUAGUAGACAACGUGUUUAGUAUGCCUUGGGUACAUGUUCAUCUUCCAGAACGUGGAAACGAACAGUGGUCAAAUGGCCAGAUACUAAUUACAACCCAGGACGUCUCUUCCAUCCCUUCAACGGGCUCUUUCGUUAAUCACGUCUCGAUUAGCAGAGGUAUGGAGGCUGACGAUUCCUGUUCAUUGUUAGCGAUGCUUUCUGGAAUCUCUGACUGCGAGAUAGAGAAGGAAGUCGCAAUGAAGUUAGACUACCAGCCUCUUGCAUUGGCGAGCGCCGCAACUUACGUCAAACAGGUUCGGCAGAACAAAACAACUUCAAACUUCACCUGGGUCGACUACUUAGAGAAAAUAGAAAAAGGACAACGGAGCACCACUGAGAAAUUUCUUUCGCAAAGCAACCUAUGCUACCCAAAGUCCAUGACCGCGGCAACAACACUUGCUGUUGAAAAUGCGAUGAUGUCUGACGAAAUUGUCGGUCACACGUUCGCUUUGCUUUCUCUGUGUUCAGCAGAUCCCUUAAGCGUGGACAUCGUGUUUAAUUACAUUUCCAGAGUGGAUGAACAAGCCGCGGACAAAGAGUUGAUUUGCUUAAACCUCAAAAGGUGUUCAUUGGUUUUAUUUGAAGAGGACGAAAGUGGCGCUUUUAUUCGUAUUCAUCAGAUUGUGCACGAUGCUAUCAAAACUGUAAUGAAAGAUCACCAGGAACCGCGAAAUUCAAGUCUAAUAAUCAAUACGGCAGCGGCAUCAUUUAGCCAGUUUAUAACCGCUAUUCCAGAACACAGUAAAACGUACUCAGACACCAUACACUUGAUCCCACAUUUAAAGGCCUUAAUUAUAGUUAUUGAAUCUCUGUUUCCGGAAAAAAACACAACUCACGACAACAAGGGGACACUAAGGCCAGACAACAUUAAUUCGGAUUAUUUAUUUCAACUUGGCGAGAUUUGUACUGAACAUGGUGAGCAUCACAUAUCAAUGAAGUACCAUGAAUAUGCAUUAACCAUCAAAUUAACUAUCCUUGGCCCUGACGAUACUGAAGUUGCAGAUAGUUACCUUCACCUAGGAUAUAUACUCCAAAGGUUAGGUCAUUUUAAGCGUGCGAAAGAGCAUCAAGAACGCGCACUCGAAAUAUACCUCAAGAAGCUCGGUCCUGACCAUAUUUAUACAGCAUGUGCCUACAGUGGCUUGGGAACAAUUCACAAAGACUUAGGUGACCUUGAACUCGCGAAGGAAUAUCAAGAGCGCUCAGUCACAAUUAUCUUAGAGAAACCUAGUCCUGACCGUUUCGGCGUUGCGAGUUGUUACCAUCACUUGGGUUGUAUUCACCACGAUUUAGGUGACCUUGGGCUGGCGAAGGAAUAUCUUGAGCGUGCUCUUGCUAUUAACUUAAAGAAGCUCGGUCCUGACCAUGCUAACGUUGCGAAUUGUAAACAUCACUUAGGUCGUCUUCAGCGCGAUUUAGGUGACCUUGAGGGCGCGAAGGAAUAUCAUGAGCGUGCUCUUGCUAUUGACCUAAAGAGGUUGGGUCCUGACCAUGCCGACGUUGCGAGUUCUUACCAUCACUUGGGUUGUAUUCACUACGAUUUAGGUGACCUUGAGCGUGCAAAGGAAUAUCAUGAGCGUGCUCUUGCUAUUAAUCUAAGGAGGCUCGGUCCUGACAAUGUGGACAUUGCAAUUAGUUACCAUCAUUUGGGUCGUAUUCACCACGAUUUAGGUGACUUUGAGCGCGCGAAGGAAUAUCAUGAGCGUGCGCUUGCUAUUGACCUAAAGAGGCGCGGUGACCAUGCCAACGUUGCAGUUAGUUACCAUCACUUGGGUCGUAUUCAGCGCGUUUUAGGUGACCUUGAGGGCGCGAAGGAAUAUCAUGAGCGUGCUCUUACUAUUGACCUGAAGAGGCUCGGUCCUGACAAUGUAGACGUUGCAGUUAGUUACCAUAACUUGGCUCGUAUUCACCUCGGUUUAGGUGAGCUUGAGCGCGCGAAGGAAUAUCAUGAGCGUACUCUUGCUAUUUACCUAAAGAGGCUCGGUCCUGACCAUGCCAACGUUGCGAGUUGUUACCAUCACUUGGGUCGUAUUCACCACGCUUUAGGUGACCUUGAGCGCGCGAAGGAAUAUCAUGAGCGUGCUCUUGCCAUUUACCUAAAGAGGCUCGGUCCUGACCAUAUCAACGUUGCGAGUUGUUGCCAUCACUUGGGUCGUAUUCACCACGAUUUAGGUGACCUUGAUCGCGCAAAGGAAUAUCAUGAGCGUGCUCUUGCCAUUUACCUAAAGAGGCUCGGUCCUGACCAUAUCAACGUUGCGAGUUGUUGCCAUCACUUGGGUCGUAUUCACCACGAUUUAGGUGACCUUGAUCGCGCAAAGGAAUAUCAUGAGCGUGCUCUUGCCAUUUACCUAAAGAGGCUCGGUCCUGACCAUAUCAACGUUGCGAGUUGUUGCCAUCACUUGGGUCGUAUUCACCACGAUUUAGGUGACCUUGAUCGCGCAAAGGAAUAUCAUGAGCGUGCUCUUGCCAUUUACCUAAAGAGGCUCGGUCCUGACCAUAUCAACGUUGCGAGUUGUUGCCAUCACUUGGGUCGUAUUCACCACGAUUUAGGUGACCUUGAUCGCGCAAAGGAAUAUCAUGAGCGUGCUCUUGCCAUUUACCUAAAGAGGCUCGGUCCUGACCAUAUCAACGUUGCGAGUUGUUGCCAUCACUUGGGUCGUAUUCACCACGAUUUAGGUGACCUUGAUCGCGCAAAGGAAUAUCGAGAUCGGUCUCUCGCCAUUGAGAAAAACAAGCCUUCAUGGUGGUAA